AUGACGUUCAUACGUUCCAUGGGGAGCGCUCUGCUCCUUGCUGUUCUUCCUGCCGCCGACGGCGUGCAGAUGACAGGCACCGGCGUCCUCGCGGCCGCCCGGGUCGACCGGAGCGCCAUGGUCGAGGGCGGGGUCGAGGCCAUGUUGGGGGCGGAGGGCAUCAACUCGGAGGAGGUGUCCGAGGGUGGAUCCGAGGCGGGCCUGGUCAGCUUCUUCGAGAAGUAUCCGCACACGCGGUUCUCUCUGGACAAGCCCGGCUUCGUCCAGCGGUUCGACUGGAAGGCUACGCGCGUCAGCCAUUUCAAGAAUGCGUCGCUGAACGACCUCAAGAAGAAUCCCAAGACCGUUUACGCGUCCACCAGCCCAGAUGUGAUCAACUUUCUCAUCAAGACCCUCGAGAAGAACUUCAAGGGUAAGAAGACGGAGCGUGUGCUCUACGUCUCUGGCGAUCUGCCACUCAGCAAGCUCGACAAGGAGGGCAAGGUUACCAAAAACAAAAAGGGCGCCAAAGGCAAAAAACCGGUCAAGGGCAAGACCAUCGAGAAGCUGCACAAGCUCUUCCCGGGCGGCGUCUGGUACGAGUCUUUCGACGUCUCGAAGAAGGGCUUUCGCGCGGCCCCGGUUGGCCUGAACGCGCAGUACAUGAGGCCCCUCUACACGUUCGCGGAGACGGCGAUUGCUGCCGCCAGCGUCGAGAACAAGCCCCGGAUGGCCCUGGCCGCGUGGGGUCGGUUCCACCCUGAGCUGGACGACAAGAUCCCGGCCCGUCAGAAGCUGGCGCAUUGGGUCGACACCGACCCAGCCGUGGAGGCUGGCAUCGAGCACAAGACGUACGCCCCGAAGGACUUCUGGGCCAAGCUGAGGCUCUACAAGUUCCUGCUUGUGCCGCGCAGCGGUAGCGUGCAGUCCCCCAGGCUGGAGGAGUCCUUGCUGCUCCUCACGGUUCCCAUAGUGACGCGGGAGGGCGAGAAGACGGGCAGCAAGGAGGCCGCCUAUAAGGAUCUCAAGACCCUGGGGUAUCCCAUCGUCGUCCUGGACGACUGGUCGGAGAUCACCGCCCCGAAGCUUGACCAGUGGUGGGAGGAGCUGCACCCGAAGCUCGAGAGCUUCCGCAAGAACUGCCUGACCACCGAGGGCUUCUGGCAGCUGGUCACUGGCCAGGUCGAGAAGUGCGAGUGA